GGCCUCCUACUCCGCAUCUGCCGAGCCCUCGCGGGUCCGGGCGCUGGUCUAUGGGCACCACGGGCACCCGGCCAAGGUCGUCGAACUGAAGAACCUGGAGCUAGCGGCUGUGGGCGGAUCAGAUGUCCAUGUGAAGAUGUUGGCGGCCCCUAUCAAUCCAGCUGACAUAAAUAUGAUCCAAGGAAAUUAUGGCCUCCUUCCCAAGCUGCCUGCAGUCGGAGGGAACGAAGGCGUCGGGCAGGUAGUAGCAGUGGGCAGCAACGUGACUGGGGUGAAGCCAGGAGACUGGGUGAUUCCAGCAACUGCUGGUUUGGGAACCUGGCAGACUGAGGCUGUGUUCAGCGAAGAAACACUGAUCACAAUUCCAAGUGACAUCCCUCUUCAGAGUGCUGCCACCCUGGGUGUCAAUCCCUGCACGGCCUACAGGAUGCUGAUGGACUUUGAGCAGCUGCAGCCAGGAGAUUCUGUCAUCCAGAAUGCAUCCAACAGUGGAGUGGGGCAAGCAGUCAUCCAGAUCGCCGCAGCCCUGGGCCUGAGGACCAUCAAUGUGGUCCGAGACAGACCUGACAUCCAGAAGCUGACCGACAGACUAAAGAAUCUGGGGGCCGAGCAUGUUAUCACAGAAGAGGAACUAAGGAAGCCUGAGAUGAAAAACAUCUUUAAGGACAUGCCUCAGCCGCGGCUCGCACUCAACUGUGUCGGCGGGAAAAGCUCCACAGAGCUGCUUCGGCAGUUAGCGCCUGGAGGAACCAUGGUGACCUACGGGGGGAUGGCCAAGCAGCCCGUCAUCGCUUCUGUGAGCCUGCUCAUUUUUAAGGAUGUCAAACUUCGGGGCUUUUGGUUGUCCCAGUGGAAGAAGGACCACAGUACAGACCAGUUCAAGGAGCUGAUCCUCACUCUGUGCGACCUCAUCCACCGCGGCCAGCUCACGGCUCCCACCUGCUCCGAGGUCCCACUGCAGGACUACCAGUGUGCCUUGGAAACCUCCAUGCAGCCCUUCUUGUCUUCAAAACAAAUUCUCACCAUGUGAUAAUCCCAGAGGAGCCAGAGCGAAAUGGGAAGGGAUGUGCAUCAACAGGACUGGUUUUGGCCCCUUAGUCUGGGCCCUCAACCUUCCCCACGCUGCUCCUCUCCUCACUGUCACUUCCAACCAAGGUUUUCCCCAGGGCCAGCCUCAGGGUAUCUAAUAAAUUCUGAAGUUCCGGAAAACAAACACAAACCAAUAGAAGUCAUCCCUGUUGAGGACCAUCACUGUGCACCUGCCACCUCCCAGGACUUAGAAGCUCCCCUGCCUAUCCUUCCUUUGUGCCCCAUUGAUCAUUUCCUGACACCCUGAAAGUACAGCCAGGGUGGCCUGGCAGGUACAAAAGCCAGAGAGAUACAAUCUCUGCCCUCAAGCCAUCCUAGCCCACAGAGGAGAAUCUUCUAAAAAGGAAAGUUGACUCAUUCUCAGGUGGUGCACAGUUCAGGGGCCAGGGAGUGAAUGCCAGGCUGAGGUACUGAGGAAAUGUGGCCUCCAGUAGCUGGACCACCCUCACAGAACAUCCAUUCUAAAUGGGGAGACAGAUGUUAGUUACACCAGUGGUUCUCAACCUGAGGUCAUUUUAUCCCCAGGGGACAUUUGAUAAUUGUCUGGAGACACUGUCAUAAUUGAGAGGGUGCUACCUGCAUUUAGUGAGUAGAGGUCAGUGGUGUGGCUAAAACAUCCUACAGUGUACAGGGCAGCCUCCCUCAACAAAGAAUCAUCCAGUCCAAAAUACAGCCACUGUUGAGAAACCCUGCAUUAAACCAAUAAUUCCACAGUAGUGACCAUAGUGAUCAGUGUGCUAAAGAAGACACGUGAAGUUUAUGAGAGCAGAACUAAGGUCUUGUCCCCGGCCUGGGGUCAGGGUGCUUUCCUGAGGGUAAGCUUGGAAGUGGGCCCUGAAAAAUUAGUAGUUUUAUUCCAAGAGAAGAGUUUGACAUUAGGUGACUUUUUGGUGUUUGCUUAAUGAUCCACUCACCCAAAGCAAAGAACUAGAGACUUUGAAUGUCUCCCUUACCA